AUGACAACAUUCUUUUCAACUUUAUCUCUUUUAACAGUAAUUUUAUAUAUAGGCCCAGCAUUAGAAUAUUUACCUAAGGCGAUUUUUAUUGUCAGUUUCCUCCUCACAGUUUGUUACGAUAUGGCAGAGGGGUUAACGCUUUCAGCGCUUUUUAGUGCCUUUACUAUUGUUUUCCGUGAUCAAUGGCCAAAAUGGCACUUUUUAACUCACGAUGAAGAAUUAAAUGAAUAUAAGGAAGCUGAAAGAAAACAGCAAUUUUUACAACACCAAAUAGCUGCUGGGGGGCAUGCUUUUAUUAUACGUUAUGAUGCUCCUUUGAUAUUUACAAGUGUUUUAAUUCAAAGUGCAAAGAAAAGAAAAAUUCAAUUAAAUUUGUGUAGAACAUAUUCGGCAACAGAAAAAUUAGUUUUGGCUAAUUAUGAAAAUACUUUAAUUAUUGACUGUUCGGGAUUUCCUUAUGUUGAUUUCCUUGGACUUCAAACGUUAAAAAAGGUAUUUUAAAUGAUAGGCUAGUUGAUUGUUGGAUUUUUAAAUUUUGAGGUUUAUAAAGACUUUUCUGCACAAAAUGUG